AUGCUUUCAAGCGUUGCCCUUUGGGCGCUGCUGGCGACGACGAGCCAUGCGGCAUAUGUUCAGUCUCGGGACUGUUACACCGAUACUGCCGCCGACUUUAGGAUAAUCCCCGAGGGACUUCGAGCCUUUGUCAACGCCACCAGCGAUGCCUACGACACCAAGUUUCUUUUGGUUGGAAACUAUGCCAACGGUACCGAGUGUGAUGCGGCUUCUCCUUUGGAUCUUGUGCCGGUGUUUACGGUGGUCGACUAUAAUGGCGCUCAUCAGUAUCCUGGACGAAUCGUCAACACGUCUUGCGCCAAGUACGGCCCGUUGGAGGCUAGGCUGAGACUUGAAAUCACUUCGACUUUUAACCGAUCUACGUUCCUCGACGCCUUCGAGAUCACACUUGAUUUAACGACGCAUGAUGACACUCCCUUGCUGUGUGUCGAGGCCAACCUGACACCCGAAGUUCGACCCUGGACACAACUCGUCAGUUUCUGGCUUCCUGUUCUCGUCUUUUCUGUCGCUUCUCUGGUUGCCUCUUGGCCUUUGCAGCAGGGCGAACACCACGCUAUCUUCCCGGAUGCUCAAGACAGGAAUCAACACCGCAUGACUAGAGCUGCCGAGAUGCUGGCGUACAUCCAAUUCAUCUACUUUUCCGGCGCACUCAGUCUCCGAUAUCCCGGUUUCCUCCAGCCACUCAUCGGCUUUACUAGCUGGUCAACCUUGAUGUUGCCCGCAGGCCCUGUCUCGAACCAAUCCCGAUACGUCGGUGUCAGAGAUGGUAUCUACGAGACCAAUGGGACACUGACUGGUGCGCCAGGCUUUGUGAUAUUAUCGCAGAUCACGAGCUCUCCCGGCACGUCAAAGAAUUGGUUCAACACCAUCGUCUUUGCACUUAUUGCCCUGUUGUUCUUCUUUGUUGCUAUUCAUGUUCGGGAGAUGCUCCGCGAACAAAGCUGCCCCAAUUCGAAACACACCACCAGCCAAGACCCUUUGUCACGCUUUAAAGAACGAUCUUGGGCCGUUUCAAGACUGUUUCUUAGUCUCUUUCUGCUUCCUCUGAGCGCCUGGUCGACAUACCAACUCUCAAAUCGCCGCAUCGUUCUGCAGAACUCGGCUGUUGCCAUCCUCGCCCUCGUGCUCCUGCUGUCUUCUUUCUGGUGGACCUGGACCCAAGCCGACUCUUCGGCAGACAUUGGGCUUUUCGUUAUUCAAGGAGAGACCCGUAAUCGCAGUCAAACCUCGAAGGAGCGGACACGCAAAUACCACGCGUUAAACAUCUUUUCUUUGAUGCUCUUUCGUGGCAUCAUCAUUGGUGGUCUACAAGCCCAUACUCGCACCCAAUUUGGCAUUCUGCUCGGGCUCGAACUUUUGCACUUGAUAUGCACGGUGUAUUGGAGUGGAGUUUCUUCUUUGCUUUCGCUCUCUGGAGUUUUGCACGGAUCGAGAGUGGUCCUUUUUUCACUGCAUACGGCGUUUCUUCCAGGAGUCACUGACCUUCCCUCCAAGAUUCUACUUGGGUACAUCAUUCUUUCGUGGCACUUGGCUGUUCUCAUUGGCAUUUUUCUCAUUCCCAUAUUUCUGGACCUUGCGCACCGAGGCCUUGCAGGUUGGACAGCAAAGGCUGGCGCCACGGACACUGAGAAGACGGCUCCUGCCAUGCGCGUCUCAUCUUCCUCUGAAUCAGACCGCUCUACAAAGUGCCAUGCAGGUUUUUUGUUCUCCGCUGCAGGGACACAAAGUCAUAGCCAUUAUCUGGCCGACAUAAUCCUAAGUCGAGAGUUUCCGGCAUCCUCCCACGGCCUCAAACAUGGAGUUUCUGUUACCGACUUCUCAAAGUUCAUGAAGAAUGUUCAGGGCGAAGAUCCAGGGCUUAACACGGCAUCCCUGCUAUCAUUAUUCCUUGGCUCGGAUAAUGUUUCCGACUUGGACGACCUGGAAGCUCAAAUAUCCUCAAAAUUCGCCAGAAUACCUAUCAGUGGGAUCAGCGAGCUUCUCUUGUCAAAGCAGAAUCUGGCCAUUCGAACAACACCACUCCAAUAUGAUCUCGAUCGGCCGAUCAACGAGUAUUUCAUCUGCAGCUCGCACAACACAUAUCUUAUGGGCCGUCAGGUUCUCACGCGUUCAACUGUUCAAGGGUACAUCUCUGCACUUUCUCAGGGAUGUCGAUCUAUCGAGGUAGACUGUUGGGACGGACGCGAUGGGCAACCGAUUGUCAAGCACGGCUACAGCUUGACAGCAUCCAUCGGUUUCCAAGAGGUGAUAGACGCCAUCAACCAAUACGCCUUUGUAGCCUCCGAAUUUCCUCUUUGGAUUUCACUGGAGGUGCAUUGCAGCCCUCGUCAGAAGAGCAUCAUGGCCCAGAUAAUGAGGAAUACCUUCGGAUCAAAAUUGGUAACAGAACCUCUCUCAGAGCUCUCGGGGCUACUUCCAUCCCCGUCACAACUGCGAGGGAGAAUUUUGAUCAAAGCAAAAGUUGCAAAAGGCGUCGAGUCUAGUCGAGAACCCCGAGUAUCGGAUGACAUUCCCGCCUCGACGAGAUCGUCCCAGGAUCAUGGCAACCUCACAGAAGCAGAAAGCACUGACUCGGCAUCCACUAUCAGCUCUUCUGCUAUCAGUCAGGAGGCUUCUAGUCAGGUCUCUCAAUCACAACCUUCCGUCAAUGGCCCCUUGGAGGAUCUUGCAGUGUACGGACCAGGCAAAAGGCUUCCCCGUCCCAGCAAAGUCGACGCAACUGGGAAUUUUAUCUACUCCGUCUCGGAGGCCAAUUUCAAGUCCUACUUGAAACAGAAGCACGGCGAAAAUUCGCUUGGUUUCCUCAAAACCCAGCACAUGGUGCGAGUCUACCCCGACGCGAGCCGGAUAGACUCAUCCAACCUGAGCCCUCUCCAGUACUGGCGAUAUGGCGUGCAGAUGGCCGCCUUGAACUACCAAACAAGCGACCUUAACAUGGGAUUUAACCAGGCCAUGUUCAACGGUGGCACUGACAAUUCUGGUUACGUGUUGAAGCCUGAGAGGCUGCGUCAGCCCCUGGAGGAGUUCACCUCAGGCCACGCCCAAGAACUACGGUUCUCUAUCGACCUACUAAUGACAAAAGAUCUCUGCUGGCUAGAGACGACUUCAAACAAUGCCUCUGUAUACGUCCAGAUCAAGCUUCUGGUAGCCGACGCAUACAAAGAGGAUGCAUCCCAGACAAAACGGCGAACUAGGAGCAUCCCUCUUCAACAACACGAUGUUAUCAUCGAUUCCCGUCUUGACUUUCAAGUCAAGACGCAGUAUCCCAGCCUCGUCUUUCUGAAAUGGUCUGUCAAGCUAUCCUCGGACAAUCAGGGUUAUCCUCGUCAGUCUACCCUAGCCUCAGGAAUGGCGAAACUCGAAAACCUCAAGCAGGGCUACCGGCUCUUGCCUUUGAAGAAGUCCUUUCAAGACGAGGAGGAUUGUGGCUACUUGAUCUGCAAGCUGAAUCGAUCUCUCUGUGACUAG